CCGCGGUUGUGCGCUCUUGGGGAGAGGAGGGGUGCCCCGGACAGGAUUGGCAAACUCCGCCCUCCACUUAUUAUUUUGCUUAUUUUUCUUUGUGCGCGCUUGUUAGUUUGUUAAACCAAAUCUAGUCCCUGAGUCUUUUCUCCUCCCUUCUCCCCCCUCCUCCCCCUCCAGGUCCUUCUACUUCCCCUCCUCCCUCCUAUCCCUCUGCAGGAGACUCGCAGCGACGGAAAGUUGCAGCCCCUGGUACUGCCUUGGGGGUCUCCCGACAGUGUCCAACCGCCGCCACCCCUCUCCGACUGCGACACUUCGGAGAUCUCCUUCGCCCGCACCCUCGCUCAUUUCAGCCGGAUCGCUGGUGACCAGAACGCCCCACCCAUGACGAUGCUCCUGGACGGAGGCCCGCAGUUCCCCGGGCUGGGAGUGGGCAGCUUCGGCGCGCCGCGCCACCACGAGAUGCCCAACCGCGAGCCGGCGGGCAUUGGGCUGAAUCCCUUUGGGGACUCGCCCCACGCCGCCGCCGCCGCCGCCGCUGCCUUCAAGCUGAGCCCCGCCGCGGCCCAUGAUCUGUCUUCAGGCCAGAGCUCGGCGUUCACGCCGCAAGGUUCGGGUUACGCCAACGCCCUGGGCCAUCAUCACCACCACCAUCACCACCAUCACCACGCCGGCCAGGUGCCCAGCUACGGCGGUGCCGCCUCCGCCGCCUUCAACUCCACUCGCGACUUUCUGUUCCGCCAGCGCGGCUCUGGGCUCGGCGAGGCGGCCUCGGGUGGCGGGCAGCACGGGCUCUUCGCCGGCUCGGCGAGCAGCCUGCACGCUCCGGCUGGCAUUCCUGAGCCCCCCGGCUACCUGCUCUUCCCCGGGCUGCACGAGCAGGGCGCCGGGCACCCGUCGCCCACCGGGCACGUGGACAACAACCAGGUCCACCUGGGGCUGCGCGGAGAGCUGUUCGGCCGCGCCGACCCGUACCGCCCGGUGGCCAGCCCGCGCACGGACCCCUACACGGCCGGCGCGCAGUUCCCUAACUACAGCCCCAUGAACAUGAACAUGGGCGUGAACGUGGCGGCCCACCACGGGCCCGGCGCCUUCUUCCGUUACAUGCGGCAGCCCAUCAAGCAGGAGCUGUCGUGCAAGUGGAUCGACGAGGCUCAGCUGAGCCGGCCCAAGAAGAGCUGCGACCGGACCUUCAGCACCAUGCACGAGUUGGUGACACAUGUCACCAUGGAGCAUGUGGGGGGCCCGGAGCAGAACAACCACGUCUGCUACUGGGAGGAGUGCCCCCGCGAGGGCAAGUCCUUCAAGGCGAAGUACAAACUGGUCAAUCACAUUCGGGUGCACACGGGCGAGAAGCCCUUCCCUUGCCCCUUCCCGGGCUGCGGGAAGAUCUUUGCCCGCUCCGAGAACCUCAAGAUCCACAAGAGGACCCACACAGGUGAGAAACCUUUCAAAUGUGAAUUUGAAGGCUGUGACAGACGCUUUGCCAACAGCAGCGACCGCAAGAAGCACAUGCAUGUGCACACCUCGGACAAGCCCUAUAUCUGCAAAGUGUGCGACAAGUCCUACACGCACCCGAGCUCCCUGCGCAAGCACAUGAAGCCUCCUUCUACAAAGAGGAGACGAGAGCAAAUGAAAUCUUGUUUGUUGGUAUUUAUAACUCACUCAGAUCCCUUUUUUAAUUGUUAAAUUAUUUUUCUAUUGCAGUAUAGAUUCUUUACAGUGUCAGUUUCCAUCUGGGAAGACCCUCCUUUCUUUAUCUCUAGCUCAGAUGGUUGUUUAACUGCGAGUUUAAAUGUGUUUGUCCUGGAUUUUCGGCAUGCAAAUCAAAUAUUACUGAUCAAUUCAGUUAGUGGCCAUGACAUCUCAAUCUUGUACUUCAAAGACUGAGAAGCUGGAUUUAAUCAUCCCUGCCCUACAUAUAUAAACAUAAGGUAACCUAAUGAGUUUUAUGUCCCUUAGUUUUUUUUUAUUAUCUUACAUAAAAAUGAACAUUGCGGCAAGAUGCAUGUCUGUCUGUUCUAUUGAGAGAUCACCCAUAUACCUAUAUAUGUUUGUAUCUAUGACUUAUCUAAUCUGCCUAUCAAAUCUAUCUAGCUAUCUAUAUAUUUUCAAAAGUAAGCAUAUGUCUGAAACAGUGGUGAUGAGUAAGGCCAGUCGAGCCAUGCUUACUUAUGAUUAAAGUGCUUCUUAAAAGAACCAUAGUCCAUUUACAAUUUUGGAAGGCAAAGGCUGGUUUGUUUUGCUGUAUAUAGUUCAAUUCGUAAUUAUCACAAUUAUUCAUAACAUUUUUAUAGCGGUGUAAUA